AUGACUCCGGAAAUGCUGAUCUACCGAACGAGUCUCUUCCACAAGCCGUCGCCUUCCACCAAUCCCAUAAUAACCAGGACCAACGCUGCAGAGAUACCCAUUGAGUGCCACUACCCCAGGUGAGGAAGGCUGCCAGUUGGGUGUGGGGUGAAGCAAGGCUUUUUUCACCUUAGCAAGCCCUUGGCUUUUGUUCGUAGUCUCGCAGAAUUGUAGGGUGCAGUGGGCCCUCCGGGGGUCAUCCAAACCAACCCCCAUCAAUGCCAGAAUCGUAGCUAACAUAGCGCCGCUUCAUGGGUAGGAGAGGGUCUGGAGAAUUGCUCCUGUGCCUUUAAAAGAGCGGUAGUUAGGCAGAAAUCCAACAGGUGAAGUUCUUCCCCCCAAUUUGCGGUCCUUCGUCUCUCUGGGACUGCGGUUUUCUUCAGCCUCCGUCAGUGCAUAAGGCCUGAACCAGGCAGAGGGCCUUCUCGGUGGUGGCGCCCUGUGGAACGCCGUUCCACCAGAUGUCUAGGAAAUAGACAACUAUCUGACUUUUAGAAGACACCUGAAGGCAGCCCUGUUUAGGGAAGCUUUUAAUGUCUGAUGUUUUACUGUAUUACAGAUUGAGGUUGAAUCCUGACAAGACAGAAGUACUGUUUUAGGGGGACAGGAGGCAGUCAGGUGUGGGGGACUCCCUGGUCCUGAAUGGGGCUACUGUGCCCCUGAAGGACCAGGUGCGCAGCCUGGGAGUCAUUCUGGACUCACAGCUGUCCAUGGAGGCGCAGGUCAGUUCUGUGUCCAGGGCACCUGUCUACCAGUUCCAUCUGGUACGCAGGAUGAGACCCUACCUGCCCGCGGACUGUCUGGCCAGAGUGGUGCAUGCUCUGGUUAUCUCCCGCUUGGACUACUGCAAUGCGCUCUACGUGGGGCUACCUUUGAAGGUGACCUGGAAACUACAACUAAUCCAGAAUGCGGCAGCUAGACUGGGGACUGGGAGUGGCCACCGAGACCAUAUAACACCGGUCCUGAGAGAUCUGCAUUGGCUCCCAGUACGUUUCUGAGCACAAUUCAAAGUGUUGGUGCUGACCUUGAAAGCCCUAAACGGCGUCAAAGGCCCAGUAGACCUGAAGGAGCGUCUCCACCCCCAUCGUUCUGCCCGGACACUGAGGUCCAGCACCGAGGGCCUUCUGGCGGUUCCCUCCCUGCGAGAAGUGAGGUUACAGGGAACCAGGCAGAGGGCCUUCUCGGUGGUGGCGCCCUCCCUCCCAUCAGAUGUCAAGGAAAUAAACAACUACCAAACUUUUAGAAGACCUCUGAAGGCAGCCCUGUUUAGGGAAGCUUUUAAUGUUUAAUAGGUUAUUGUAUUUUAAUGUUCUGUUGGAAGCCGCCCAGAGUGGCUGGGGAAACCCAGCCAGAUGGGCGGGGUAUAAAUUAUUAUUAUUAUUAUUAUUAUUAUUAUUAUUAUUGAUUUAUUCUGGUGCUCUUGGGAGUUGGGAGCUGCCUCCCAUCAACCCCUGCCAGCCUGCUGCAUGAUGGGAGUUGUAGUUCAGGCACAUCCAAUGGGCUACAAUUCCCAAAGUACCCUGGGCAAGAGGUCUUGAUAGUUAAAGCACUCUGGGAAUUGUAGUUCUGAGAGAGAGAGGGUUCUUUCUCCUAACAUCUCUUGGCCCCCUUAGCAAACUACAACUCCCAGGAUUCUCUGGGGGGAAGCCUGGAUGGUUUAAAGUGAUCCGAUACCUCUUUAAAUGUCUGUGGAUGGAGGCCUUUAGCUCCUCCCAUUAUUGGCUGUGGCUCCUCCCACUGUGGAGGAUCCCUACCUCCUGCCCUGCCAACCCCCUAGAUGUCUGGGAGCAGCGAGGAGUAAUGGGCGGAGCAGGAAGCGAUUUCUCGCUGCCGAGGGUGGCGGGUCAGUCUGGAUGGCAUCUAGGUGCCCCACGGUCAUUGGACUGAGUUCUCAGCUGCUUGUCUCCCUGUUUCCAGGAAAGGCAACGUCUCCAGUCUGGCCAUCCAGCCCACCUGGGCUCCCUUCAGGUCCACCGUGUCGGCCGAAGCGAGGCUCGGGUUCUCGUUGCGACUCAUGAACGGUAAGGAAAAGGGUGGAUUCGGGGUGUGGGAAGGGCCUAGCUCAAAGCCCCCAAACCCGUCCGGUUAGGAUCCAGGGCUGCUGAGCACCAGGGCUUAAAGGAUGCAAAUUUCCCCUUAGCCCAAGUCCCCUGCCUCCAACAGGGGACAGCCAGAUAACCCCCAAAGCCCGCAGACGUCGCUGCGGUUCUCUGUCUCUGAAAAAUGGAGUUUCUGCUUGGCUGUUCUGGCUAAUAGCUCUUGAACGCAGGAUAGCUACGUAGGCCAAGGUUGCGGGUUCAAACCCUGCAUGAAACAGCUGCAUAUUCCUGCCUUGCAGCGGGUUGGUCUGGAUGACCCUCGGGUCCCUUCUUCUUCACAAGCUUUGUUUAGCUCUCUCACUCCUGAAGUUCCUAACCUUUGCUGCUGUUAGGGCAGCAAAAUUGUUUUAUGAAAUGCUGGCUUCUUUCCUGAAGCCGGUAGAAAAAAGACAGUCACGGAACCGCGAAAUUACACAAAACAGAUGAAAUGCCAUGAAAAUCCCUGAAACGAGAAGUAACCGACUAGAAAUAUUAUCUUCUAGAAUUAAACUAAAUAACAAAAAUCAAAAAGUUUAAGGAAAAAAUUAGAAAAACCUAGAACUGAACAAAGCCUUAACGGGACGCCGGGUACAAACCUCGUUUCACUGAACUAUUCAGUUUCCUCAGAAGGAAAUAGAGAAAUCAUAAACCUUAAAUGUUUGCGUUAAGUUAUGAAUUAAAAAUCAUUUUAAGUUAGAGCUUAAUAAUUACUUCACUAUUAAUAUACUUCUACUUAAUUGUAUUUCGCUUCAACAAUCACUUUGAUAAAAUACAUAUUUUGCGAUGUGCAAAUGGCUUUUGAUACCUGUUACGUCCAUAAAUUAUUUCCAGUAAUGUUUACUGAUUUUCAUACAACUAUAACACAUACUGUAAAACAAAUAAAACAACAAAAAAGAAGAAAAUAAAGCAAAUAGCAGUAAAAGAUAUAACAUCAAACACAUAAACAAUACAAAUUAAUUAGUUAAACUUCCAACCUCAUAAACAUAUUACUUGACUUCCUCUAGUCCCUGCCACCUGAAUUUCCUUGUAACUAAAUGUAGCAGUUUUCCAAUAUCAUUAUUCAAAAACAAUAUUCCAAUUGUAGUCAAAUUUCUUAACUUUUCUUUUUAGGUCCAUAAAUUACCAUAAACAAAAAAGCGACAAUUUGUUGUUGAACAAAGGACAGCUGGACAUAUAAAGGGCCCCAUUACCUUUGGUAGCUCAGGGCCUCAUCAAUCCUAAAUCUGGCCUUCAGCUCAGUAAGGGACCCUCCCUGCCCAGUCUCAAGUGGCAGGCUGUUCCACAGGCUUGGGGCCACUGCAAUGAACCACGCUGUCAGCAGGAAAAGUUUAUUUCCUUUUCUCUUCUGCUACGCUUGCAAUUAAAAAAAUAAAAAAUGAUUAACGCAUUCAUCCUCUCGCGCCGCCAAGAUGACUGGAGCGGCGAGCGGCUAUCGUCUCGCUUCCAGCUGGGUGAGAUCCUGCACCUGCAAGCCCAAGUCACGGCAGAGAACCACCUUCCCCUAAGGCUCUUUGUGGACAGCUGCGUCGCCAGCCCUGAAGCCACUCUGGGGUCUACGUAUGCCAUUGUCGACUCCAACGGGUAAGGAAAUACCUUGCAUGAGUGUUUUAUUUCGUAAGUUUUAUCGCAGAAUCGUUGGAUUCGAACCCGCAACCCGUUUUGCGCUCUGCCAACUGAGCUAUCCCCAGUCUUGCUUCUAUCCUGAAUACCGUAUUGGCCCGGAUAUAAGCUGCACUUUUUCUCCCCACCCCCAAAAAAUUCCGACCCUGAAAAGUUAUUAAAGCAGGGCUUGAAUUCGCGACCUAACGAAAAAUGGUUUUUUACGAUAUCGCUGCUGGAACAGACAUGCGAUAAAACAGAACAGAAAAAUUGUUUCGUUGCCAAUUUGCGAGCUUGAGUACCUGUGGAAUUGUACAAUUCAAUAGCAUUUUUGAUUUUAGCCGAUUGUACGGUAACUUUUCUGGGCUUGCGAGACCAAAGGCUUAAAUUGGCUCGGAGUUACAAUUCUACCAACUGCAGCGAUUUCGGGAGCCGCUUAUAUUCGGUUAUUCGGAUUGAGAUUAAAUCCUGACAAGACAGAAGUACUGUUUUGGGGGGAUAGGGGGUGGACAGGUGUGGGGGACUCCCUGGUCCUGAAUGGGGCAACUGUGCCCCCGAAGGACCAGGUGCGCAGCCUGGGGGUCAUUUUGGACUUGCAGCUGUCCAUGGAGGCGCAGGUCAGUUCUGUGUCCAGGACAGCUCCAUCUGCGACGCAGGAUGAGACCCUCCCUGCCCGCAGACUGUCUGGCCAGAGUGGCGCAUGCUCUGGUUAUCUCCCGCUUGGACUACUGCAGUGCGCUCUAUGUGGGGCUGCCUUUGAAGGUGACUCGGAAACUGCAACUAUUCCAGAAUGCGGCAGCCAGACUGGGGACUGGGAGCGGCCGCCGAGACCACAUAACACCGGUCUUGAAAGACCUACACUGGCACCCAGGACAUUUCUGAGCACAGAUGGGAGGGGUAUAAAUAAUAAAUUAUUAUUAUUGUUGUUAUUAUUAUUAUUCUCUUUUUUGCGGCUUAUUUGUGGGUGCAGUUUAUAGUCGGGCCAAUACAGUAGCAACAGCAACAACAAUUCUCUGAGCAGUUCACAUACAACGGCAUUACCCUAUUCAUUUAAAAGCAGCCGAAAAAACCAAACAAAUUGGACUUUUAAAAAGAUAAAAUGUCAUAACAUUAACAAAAUACAGGCCAAGUCACCUUCAUUGUCCGGGUGCUGGCUUGCCGAAGCAGAAAAGAGAUUUGAGGAUGCAUCAAGCUGUACAAUGGAGGUGCCUAUCUAAUAUCAAGUGGCAGGGAGUUCCAAAGACCACAUGGGAAACGGAUGAUUAAAGUGCUCCCUGAAUGGGGGGAGACGGGCUGCCCAAAGCCAGGAAUCCCUGUUUCAGCAGCGCUCAGAGCAAAAUCGUUAUUUCCAGUAGCCUCUGAGGCUUUGCUUCUGCUGGGAUUCCUGCCUUGCAGCGGGUUGGACUGGAUGACCUCAGGGGGUCCCCUCCAGCUCCCUCGCUUGGAAACAUAGGAAUAUGCCUUCUGUCUGGCUAGUAAUCUCUUCCCCAGCAAUCUAAAGGCCUCGGGCAGAAAAGCCUCUUCCCCGCUAAGGUCUGUGACUUGGGGGAUAGAGCGUUUGUUUUGUGUGCAGAGAAGGUUCUGGGUUUGAUUCCUGACGGCAUCUCCAGAUAUAUCUGAAGGAGCGUCUCCACCCCCAUCGAUCUACCCGGACACUGAGGUCCAGCACCAAGGGCCUUCUGGCGGUUCCCUCCCUGCGAGAAGCCAAGUUACAGGGAACCAGGCAGAGGGCCUUCUCGGUGGUGGCACCCGUCCUGUGGAACUACCUCCCACCAGAUGUCAAAGAGAAGAACAACUACCAGACUUUUAGAAGACAUCUGAAGGCAGCCCUGUUUAGGGAAGCUUUUAAUGUUUGAUGUAUUACAGUAUUUUAAUAUUUUUUAGGAAGCCGCCCAGAGUGGCUGGGGAAGCCCAACCAGAUGGGCGGGGUAUAAAUAAUAAAUUAUGAUGAUGAUGAUGAUGAUGAUGAUGAUGAUGAUAGGACUUAAACCUCCCAUCAGCACGGUGUGCGGCAAAUGGCGCUUCCUAACACGCCUAAAGAAUCACAGAGGUCUUAUCCAGCCUUCUUUUGUCCUGCAGCUUUGGAAAAAUCCACUCUUUAGCGCUCAAUCGGCACAAACAAGCAAUUCUGGAUUGAUGUUUGCUCUGAUUUAGCACGAAAGAGCAGCUUUUCCCUGGGAAAAGGAAAAAACCCAGUUAAAUCGCAGGGGAAAACCCGAGAAAAUCUCGAUCCUGUAUCCUCAGUGCUGUAUUGUUUUUAACACUCGAUUGGGAGCCGCCCAGAGUGGCUGGGGAAACUCAGUCAGAUGGGCGGGGUAUAAAUUAUUAUUAUUAUUAUUAUUAUUAUUAUUAUUAUUAUCCAAGGAAGGGAAAAGGUAGGUGGGAAAUCUAGUGUAAAGGCUGACCUCGAGGAGUCAUUGGAAACAGAAAUCUGCCAUAAGAAUUUCCUUUCCUUUUCACCCGAAGGGUGGUCAACAAAUUUAAUAAAUUUGAAAUUUAAUAAAUUUAAUAAAUGAAUGAAAACUGGGGGAAACAGUCAACUUUCCACCACCCUCCAGUCCCUAAAGUCAGUGACGAUUUCUCCCUUUGGCGCAGGUGUCUGGUGGACGGGAGGCAAGAGGGCGUCUCGUCUACGUUCCUCGCACCCAGAGUCUCAGAGGAGACGCUACGUUUCACGGUGGACGCCUUCCGGUUUGCCGGGGACUCCAGGAAUAUGGUGAGCAGGUGGGGUUUGGCGGUGUGGGAGGCCUUAUCUGGGCCCACGGGUCUGUGGGAGCAGCGUCCCUAGAGCUUUCGUCCACCUGGCGCUGAUGGGAGUUAUAGUUCAAAGCGCCCGGAGGGCGACAGGAUGGCCUAGGCGGGUUUUGCAAAAUGGACUGCGCUGCCCCCUGGAGGCAGCUGCGUUACCUGCGGGGGUCAGAAAUUGCUUCAACUGGGUUUUUGCAAUUCUUAAAAUUUUUAUUUGUUUUUCUUUUUCAUUCAUUACAUCUCAAAUUUUUAACAUUUACCAUAUAUUCCUUCCUGCCUCCCCUCCUAGGCUUCCCCCAACUUCCGCAUCAGAAAAAAGUUAUUAACAUAACAUCAAACCUAAAGACCUAAAAGUAAAAGCAAAAACACCAUAAUAUUUCUCUAUCUUCUAAACAUUUUCUAAUACUAAUAAUGUGAAUGUUUAUUUAAAUCCUGCCAUCAACUCUAUCGACUUUCUUUGUUUCUGCAAGUAUAAUAUAAAUGGUUCCCAUUCUUUUUCAAAGCCACUGUUGUCGUUUUCUCUUAAUCUGCCAUUUUCCCCAAUUCUGCAAAGUUCAGCAACUCCCUUUCCAUGGAGGCGCAAGUUACAGCAACAGCCAAGGCAACAUUUUUCCACCUUCGCCGCAUCAAGCAGUUGGUCCCUUACCUUUCCCGCCCCGAUCUGGCCACAGUGAUCCAUGCGACAGUCAUCUCCAGGCUUGACUACUGUAAUUCGCUCUACGCGGGGCUGCCCUGGAAGCUGACCCAGAAACUCCAGCGGGUGCAGAAUGCUGCAGCGAGGCUCCUCACGGGGUCUCUGCCAUGGGAGCAUAUUCACCCAGUGCUUUUCCAGCUGCACUGGCUCCCGGUGGAGUACAGGGUCAGGUUCAAGGUGCUGGUUUUGACCUUUAAAGCCCUUCACGGCCUAGAACCCUCGUACCUACGGGACCGCCUCUCCCGGUAUGCCCCACGGAGAGCCUCAAGGUCCAUAAAUAGCAACACCCUAGAGGUCCCGGGCCCUAAGGAAGUCAGAUUAGCCUCAACCAGAGGCAGGGCCUUUUCAACACUGGCCCCGGCCUGGUGGAACGCUCUGCCUCAUGAGACCAGGGCCUUGCAGGAUCUGAUUUCUUUCCGCAGGGCCUGUAAGACAGAGUUGUUCCGCCUGGCCUUUGGCUUGGAGCCAAUUUGAUUCCCUCCCUCUUUUUCUUUUUUCUUUUCCUUCUCCUCCUGCGAUGAGGCUACAUUUUAAUAUUUUAAUGUUGUAUUUUAAUUUUGUUUUUAAGUUGUAAUCAUUCAACUUGUUUUUUUUAUUGCUUGUAAGCAGCUCUGAGCCCGGCCUUGGCUGGAGACGGCGGGGUAUAAAUAAAAAUCAUUAUUAUUAUUAUUAUUCUCUUUUGCAAUUCUGAACGGCUUGAAUUUUAUUGUCUCCCUUAGCGGAUCAUGCGGACUGCUAUUCUGAGUGGUGUGUCUUUUUAUCGGGGAUGGUUUUAUGGAACCAAGUGAAGCUGGGUUGGGGAUCCACUGACUUAAAUGCUAUAUAAAUGGUCUAAACUAAAGAAAUCAAACAGUUGUAGGUUAAAUGGAGGUCCGAUUGGGUCAAGGUGGGUUUGCCGCCUCUCCUGAUGGGCAGCGAUUGCGUGAGUCCCGUGCCGUAUGCAAGCCCUAAAAUUAGAGAGGCAGUGUGGUUCAAUGGUUAGAGUGCCGGACUAGGACACGGGAAAGAGCUGGGUUCGAAUCCCCGCGCCAACUCGGCCAGGAAGCUCGCAGGAUGUGACCCUGGGGGGCGGUCACUGCCUCUCAGCCCCAACUCUAUCCCACGGUGUUUUUGGGUGGGGAUCAAUUGAGAACUAGGGCCUUGGAGACCUGGGUUCGAAUUCCCACGCAGCCAAGAAGCUCACUGGGAGCCGGUUAGCCUUGCUUGCCUCGCAGGGUUGUUGUGGAAAGGGGGAACCAUGCCGGUCUUGUUGAGCUCUUUGGAGAAAAAGGCAGAAUAUUCACGCAAUUAAUAAGGAUGCAACCAGUUGGUUGACACCUGUCGCCACUGUCCCCUUGCUGUUUGCCCAAAAAGCCCUUUUUAACCUCCUGCCUUCUCCCCUCCAGCUGUACGUGAUUUGCCACCUCAAGGUAACGCGAGCCGACCAAACGCCAGAUGUCCGGAACAAGGCUUGCUCCUUCGACGUUGCCAGCAGCACGUGAGUCGCUUGUGAGACGCACAACACAUUCCGCCCCCCCUUUUCACUGUUUACAGGGCCACCUCUCCUGGUCUGCCCCGUGGAGGACAUUAAGGUCCAUGAAUAACCAUAGUUUAGAGGGCCCUAAGGAAGCCAGACUAUCCUCCACCAGGGCCAGGGCCUUCUCAGUGGUGGCUCCGACCUGGUGGAAUGCUCUGUCCCAGGAGACCAGGGCCCUGCAGGAUUUAACCUCCUUCCGCAGGCCCUGUAAGACAGAGCUAUUCCGCCUGGCCUUUAAUUUGAACUUAACCUGAUCUUUUAUUCCCCUUCCUUCCCUUUUUAUAAAGAUUUUUAUGGGAUCCCACAGCUAAUUCUCCUCUGGUCUCCUCGCUGGCCCAAAUAGGACUAAUUCAGCCAGCUAGCCCUGGUGAUCAUCUCGUGUUUAUUGGAUGGAUUCCCCCUUGAAACUGAUUUUUGAAUUCUGAAUUUAUUGUUGUUUACGUUUUAUACUGUAUUUUAUGCUGUUUUUUGUUGCAUCAAUUAAGUGUUUCAAAUUUCUUUCAUGCUCUCUCUGUUUCUCCCCAAAGCUGGCUUCCUGUCGAGGGACCUCGAAGCAUCUGCAGCUGCUGCGAGGCGAGGAAUUGCGACCAGGUGCCGGCAGAACAGGCCCCCAGCUUCCUUCCCAGACCCCGAGCCGUGGAGAUGAGCUGGCAAAGAAGUCUACCAGGUGAAUGGGUUUUCUGAAGGCUCGGAGGUCGUCUCCUCCAGCCCUGCCCCUUUGCAUUGCUGGGGGUUGGGUGGGAUAAUAAUAAUACUACUAAUAAUAAUUCAUUAUUUAUUAUUGUUUAUACCCUGCCCAUCUGGCUGGGUUUCCCCAGCCGCUCUGGGCAGCUCCCAACAGAAUAUUACAAACAUGAUGAAACAUCGGAUAUUAAAAGCUUCCCCAAACAGGGCUGCCUUCAGAUGUCUUCUAAAAGGCAUCUGGUGGGAGGGCGUUCCACAGGGCGGGCGCCACCACCAAGAAGGCCCUGUGCCUGGUUCCCUGUAACUUCAUUUCUCGCAGUGAGGGAACCACCAAAAGGCCCUCGGAGCUGGACCUCAGUGUCCGGGCUGGACGAUGGGGGUGGAGGUGCUCCUUCAGGUCUACUGGGCCUUUGAGGCCGUUUGGGGCUUUCAAGGUCAGCACCAACACUUUGAAUUGUGCUUGGAAACGUCCUGGGAGCCAAUGGAGGUCUUUCAAGACCGGUGUUAUAUGGUCUCCCAGUCCCAGUCUAGCUGCCGCAUUCUGGAUUAAUUGCAGUUUCCAGGUCACCUUCAAAGGUAGUCCAAGCGGGAGAUAACCAGAGCAUGCGCCACUCUGGCGAGACAGUCUGCGGGCAGGGAGGGUCUCAUCCUGCGUACCAGAAGGAGCUGACAGACAGCUGCCCUGGACACAGAACUGACCUGUGCCUCCAUGGACAGCGGUGAGUCCAGAAUGACUCCCAGGCUGCGCACCUGGUCCUUCAGGGGCACAGUUGCCCCAUUCAGGACCAGGGAGUCCCCCACACCUGCCCGCCUCCUGUCCCCCCAAAACAGUACUUCUGUCUUGUCAGGAUUCAACCUGUUAGCUGCCAUCCAUCCUCCAACCACCUCCAGACACUCACGCAGGACCUUUGGAGGGCCCAUGUGACCCUACAGUUCGAUUAUUCUGUUUUGGGGAGCACUGUAGUUGAAGCUGGAGCUCCCCACACAAUUUUGGGGGCUUUUCGGUGGAGGAAAGGCAAGUGAGAGGCGGAAUGAAGGGACCUUAUAAUAUAUGGGAUAGUUUUUUUUUUCUUUCACAAUAUGAGAAAUGGUGGGCAUUCAAUGAAGCGGAAUGUUGGAAGUUUCCGUCGUUCACGCAGCUCAAAGUUAAACUGUGGAACUCCCUGCCACCAGAUGCAAUGAUGGCUACAAAUCUAUAAUAUUAUUACUGUUACUAUGAUUAUUACGUAUUUAUUUAAAUCUUGCUUUCUCCCCCUGACAGGGUCUCAAGGCAGCUUACAGAUAAGAACAGCCAGUGCUAUUUUCCUUAAAAAAUGUUUAGGGGGGUGCUCUCAUUUUGCUACUGCCCCUCGAUGAGGCCAAAUUCAGAUUCACAAAAUGUUUAGGGGUAUGCGUCCCCCCAGGAAAAAAAGCACUGAGAAUAGCUAAAAAAACAUAGCAGGCAGCAGUCCUUUGAAAACAACGAAACGUUGAUAGAAUGAAAACAAGAUGUACAGAUAGGAUAACUAUUAAAUCCAUAAAGAUAAUUACAAUAAGAAACCACACCAGCUCUUUCCUUAAAAGCAGCCGCUUCCCCAAAUCCAGUUGGGAUGAGAAACCUGUAUGGCUUUAAAAUAAUAAUAAUAUUUUAUUUAUACCCACCCAUCUGGCUGAGUUUCCCCAGCCACUCUGGGCGGCUCCCAAUCAAGUGUUUAAAACAAUACAGCAAUAAUAUUUGAAAACUUCCCUAAACAGAGCUGCCUUCAGAUGUCUUUUAAAUAAUAAUAAGAAGAAGAGGGUUGGGUAAAAUUCAUGGAGGAGUGAGAGGGCGAUCGAUGGCUAAUAGCCCAGGAUGGCUACGCCCUGCCUCCAAAUCCCAUUUUCUGGAAGCUGCAGGAGGGGAGAGAGGGAUCCUGAGUUCGAAUUCUGGAGAUUUACCCAUCAUGGGCGUCUAGUUGGCCACUGUGAGAACAUUGGACGUUCGUAACUCACCUGCUUUGUGGCUUCCUCCUGACCACAGCCGAGUUGACCGCACCGCAGGCCCACCUGACGCUGGGACCCUUCUUUGUUUUCGACUCCCCGGAGAACUCUGCAAACUUCCCCGCAGACCCGGCCAGCGCUCAGAAGACGGCAGUGGAAGGUAAAUGGGAUGCACAAAACAGAUCUUCUCCUUUUCUAGUUUCUCUUCCUCACUUUCCAAGAAAGUGAACUGUAAGAUGCUUCCUCGGUAGUUUUUUUAGGGUUUGGUUUCCACCCUCGGCCAUUUCCCUGGAAAUGCCUUUUUCUGCUGACUUUAAAAUCUGAGUUUGCUUCGGCCAAAACUGCUUUUGGAGCAUUUUAACGAAAAAAUUACGGUGUGUAAAAAGCAGGAAGUUUGUGUCGCUGCCUCGUAAGACUGGAACGCACGGGGGUCAUCCAAGAGAGCAGAAUUCGGGUUUUCAGGACAAAAAGAGACGCAGCACAUAAUUUGACCCCCGGAACUCACCGCCACAAGAUUAGUGACGGAUGGUUUUUUUUCAGGCAAGGAGGGUGAGGUUUGGAUGGCUGCUCGUUGCAUAGCUGUCAAGUGUCCCUUAUUCGGCGGGACAGUCCCUUAUCCCAGCGCCGUGUCCCGCUGCUGUCCCUUAUUGAUGAUGUCCCUUAAGUUUCCCGGGUUUCAAAGGAAGCAGCUCCUCUCCCUCCCUCCCUGCCGGCCAGGGAGGAGGGAGGCUCCAACUGUGUUGCUUGGCUGCGUUGCUCACCCAAUAAGGAGUCUGAGAACGACUGGGGGGUGGAGCUUGCAUGCCUUGUGCCAAUCAAAUCGGCCGCCUUGCCUGGGGACUCGCCUUUGCUCAGCGCUUCCCAGCGGAGAGGGGACGGUGGUUUUCCUUGCUGCAUCCCCUUUGCCGGGUUGCUGCGCUGUGGGAACCACCGCUUGAGGCUUCGUUUGGCUGCUGGCUGGGCUUUCUGCCUUUGGCUCGGAGGGGCUCAGAAGUUGAACACACCUGUGCUCUGAAAAUCCCUUAUUUUGGCUGCUGAUCCCUUAUUUUCGAGGCUGCUGGUCCCUUAUUUUCAAAUCUGUAAGUUGACAGCUAUGGCUGGUUGUGAAGGGUGUGUUUUGCUUCCAUUAUCGGAGGUGGCGUGCCCUCUGAGGAUAGGGUUUUUGGGAAUUUCGAGCGAGGAGAGGGGUGUUGCAAACUGGGACCCAUUUGCAGAAUUCCUUUGGGGGCGCCUAGGUAGCCCCAUGCGAAGGGCAGGAUCCUGGACCAGCCGAAUGGCGCAGCGGUUCUCAUCAAAAAUAUCCAGACCACCUUUUUGUUCUUUCAGUGUGUGGCUAGAUCAGGGGGAAAUCGAGAAACAAAUGUCCAGAAAACUGGAAUAACUGGUUAGCUUAGUUAGAUUGCAAUGUGGGCCCCAGGUGGGUCUCUAUAGGGAAGGCGUUCAAUAGAGAGGCUGUUGCCAUAGCAAAAAAAGAAAAAUAUAUAUUUUCUCUGCCCUACCUCUGAAGGAGGGGCACUGUGAUAACUUGUACAGUGGUACCUUGGUUCUCAAACAACUUGGAACCCAAACACUGUGUUAUGCACUAAGUUGAAUAGGAUCCAGAAUGCAGCAGUCUGAUUGGUCCUAGAACAAUAGGAUCCAGAAUGCAGCGGUCUGAUUGGUCCUAGAACAAUAGGAUUCAGAAUGCAGCGGUCUGAUUGGUCCUAGAACAAUAGGAUCCAGAAUGCAGCGGUCUGAUUGGUCCUAGAACAAUAGGAUCCAGAAUGCAGCGGUCUGAUUGGUCCUAGAACAAUAGGAUCCAGAAUGCAGCGGUCUGAUUGGUCCUAGAACAAUAGGAUCCAGAAUGCAGCGGUCUGAUUGGUCCACAGGAGCCACCCAAUCCAGCUCCAGGUGGAUGUGAAUCCGCAACCCUAUUGGCCUACAGGAGAAUCCCAGAAUUAGCCAAUCACAUGGGGCCCAUUGUGUAAAUAAUGUAUAGAAAGCAGACAUUCUGGAGGAACUUCCAUUCCUCCUCUGCACUAUGAGCUGAAUAAAGAGCAUGAAAUCCACUCUCGACUCUGAGUAUAUUUCACACUGCAAACCUGGAAGUAAGCGUUCCGGUUUGCGAAUGUUUUUCGGAAGCCGAACAUGCUACAUUUUGAGUGUAACGCUUCCGAUUUGAGUGCCAAACUUGCAUUUUGAGUCUUACACUGAGGUCUGUCUGUUUUUGCUAUUUAUUUUGUGUUUUUGCGGCUUUUUUUGUUCCGUUUUUGGGACUGUGUGGAACCCAGUUCAGCUACUGACUGAUAGAUUGUGUGACUGCAGUACAUUGUUUAUUGCUUUCAUUUUAUAGAUCAAUGGUCUCGUUGGAUAGUAAAAUUCAUGUUAAAUGGCUGUUUCAGGGGUUGUUUUUUAAAGUCUGGAACGGAUUAAUCCGUUUUGCGUUACUGUUUUGCGGUAACCUUUAAAGCCCUUUGUGGCUUAGGGCCCUCGUAUUUACAGGACCGCCUCUCCUGGUCUGCCCCGCAGAGGACCUUAAGGUCCAUGAACAACCAUAGUUUAAAGGUUCCAGGCCCUAAGGAAGUCAGACUAUCCUCCACCAGGGCCAGGGCCUUCUCAGUGGUGGCUCCGACCUGGUGGAAUGCUCUGUCCCAUGAGACCAGGGUCCUGCAGGCUUUAACUUCCUUCCACAGGGCCUGUAAGCCAGAGCUAUUCCGCCUGGCCUUUAAUCUGAAUUCAGCCUGAUCUUUUAUUUCCCUUCUUUUCUCUCCCCCUCCCCUUUUUAUGAAGAUUACCUGCUCUGAGACCCCACAGCUAAUUCUCCUCGCUGGCCCAAGUAGCACUAAUUUAGCCAGCUAGCCCUGGUGAUCAUCUAAUGUUUACUCGAUGGAUUUUCCCCUAAAUUGAUUUUUUAAUUUAUUGUUAUUCACGCUUUUAUACUGUAUUUUAUGCCUUUUUUGUUGUUGUAUCACAAUUAAGUGUUUUAAAUUUGUUAGCCGCCCUGAGCCCGGUUUUCUGAACCAGGAAGGGCGGGGUAUAAAUAAAAAAUUAUUAUUAUUACUUUCUAUGGGAAAGCGCGCCUUGGUUUUGGAACAUGCUUUGGUUUUGGAACGGACUUCCGGAACGGAUUAAGUUUGAGAACCAAGGUACCACUGUAUAUGUCAACUCAAUCCGUAGAGCACAAGAAUCUUCGGGUUGUGUGUUCGAAUCCCACUCUGGGUAGAAAGAUUCCUGUACGGCAGAAGGUCAGACAAUGACUCUCAAUAUUCCUUCCACCUCUACAAUUAUGUGAUUCUGGGAAAGGGAAGGCUUUAUAUUUUGAAGGCAAUGGGAAAAUAAAACCCAGCACUAUCUGAUCCGGCGCAGUAGGGCUUCCAAUUUUCAUCCUGCUCCCAGGAAAUUGCAGAAGAUGCAAUUAUCUCUAAGGGUAAUUUGGGAAGCCUCAGAGCUCCCCCUAGUGUUGCGGAGCUGGUACUGCCAGAAGCAGGAUUUAAAUGGUGUUUCCGAAUAUCGCUAGGGAGGGGCAGAGAGGUUCAGUUCAGGUCACCCUGGAAGACGAACGGACUCAAUUUGCACGAUCCGAAACAAGGCAAGGGCCGAAACGCAGCCCCCUCUGAAAUAAUAAUAAUAAUAAUAAUAAUAAUAAUUUAAUUUAUACCCCACCCUCCCCGGCCACAGCCGGGCUCAAGGCAGCUAAAACUGGUAAAACUACAAUAAAAACAUAAGGGGGGGCAAUUUAAAAUACAGUUUAAAUUCAAUUUAAGAUGCAGCCUCAUUUUAAAAGUAGCCCAUAGAUCAAAACCAUAAGAGGAGGGAGACUUAAGGGUCAGACUGAGUCCAAACCAAAGGCCAGGCGGAACAGCUCUGUCUUGCAGGCCCUGCGGAAAGAUGUCAAGUCCCGCAGGACCCUAGUGAUGAUAAUAAUAAUAAUAAUAAUAAUAAUAAUUUAUUAUUUAUUAUUUAUACCCCACCUAUCUGGCUGGGCUUCCCCAGCCACUCUGGGUGGCUUUCAGCAAAAUAUUAAAAUGUUAGUCUCUUGGGACAGAGCGUUCCACCAAGUCGGGGCCAGUGCUGAAAAGGCCCUGGCCCUAGUUGAGACCAAUCUAACCACCUUGUGACUUGGGACCUCCAAGGUAUUGUCAUUUGUGGACCUCUCCGCGGGGCGUAUCAGGAGAGGCGGUCCACACCCCUCUGAAUUAUGGCAAUGUGCUUCUCCAGCCUGAGUAGCGGGUACAAAGGAAAUGCAUAUGCUGGGGUAAAUCGUGCAUAAAAAUGUGUAUGUUGGAGAGGGAAUUGGAAGGGUCCUGCGGGUCAUCUAGUCCAACCCCCUGCAAUGCAGGAAACUUGCCCAAUGUGGGGCUCGAACCCACAACCUUGAGAUUCAGUGUCUCAUGCUCUUCAAACUGUGCUGUCUUAUGUUAGCUAUAUUAGUUAUAUUAUUAUUAUUAUUAUUUAUUAUUAUUAUCAGUGCUUUUUCCUGGGGUACACAGGGGUAGGCACACCCCUAAACAUUUUGCGAAUCUUUGUACAGUGGUACCUCAGGUUACAGACGCUUCAGGUUAUAUAUGUUUCAGGUUACAGACUCCGCUAACCCAGAAAUAGUACCUCGGGUUAAGAACUUUGCUUCAGGAUGAGAACAGAAAUCGCGUGGCAGCAGUGGGAGGCCCCAUUAGCUAAAGUGGUGCUUCAGGUUAAGAACAGACCUCCAGAACGAAUUAAGUACUUAACCCGAGGUACCACUGUAGUUUUGUCCAUUUACUAUAAUUAUUCUUCCCGUUUUGAACUAUAAAAUGGUGGUUUUGAGUCGAAAUGAGAGUACCCCUAAACAUUUUAAUUUUUUAGGAAAAAAGCACUGAUUAUUAUUAUUCUAUCAAUAUAUUAUUGCUUUACGGUUGUAGGUUACCUGGUGAAGUGAUUCUGGGGGGCAACUAAUCCAUAUAAGCACAGGGUUGUAUUUUUUUUGAAGGACAGACCAGCAUAGAAAUUAAAAAACCUAAAUUAAGCAAGUCCAAUAACGUCAACAUGUCUGCACUGAGCAGGGUCUGCGCUGCGGAAAUGACCGAUAAUAAUUAUAAACGCGGCAUUUUUUUCCUCACGCGUAAAGUUAUAUUUUCAAAUGAGACUGCAUCUGGCUUUGUUGUUGUUUAGUCGCUUAGUGGUGUCCGCCUCUUCGUGACCCCCUGGACCAGAGCACGCCUGGCACUCCUGUCUUCCACUGCCUCCCACAGUUUGGUCAAACUCAUGCUGGUCGCUUCAAGAACACUGUCCCACCAUCUCGUCCUCCGUCAUCCCCUUCUCCUUGUGCCCUUCAUCUUUCCCAACAUCAGGGUCUUUUCCAGGGAGUCUUCUCUUCUCAGGAGGUGGCCAAAGUCUUGGAGCCUCAGCUUCAGGAUCUGUCCUUCCAGUGAGCACUCAGGGCUGAUUUCCUUCAGAAUGGAGGGGUUUGAUCUUCUUGCAGUCCAUGGGACUCUCAAGAGUCUCCUCCAGCACCAGAAUUCAAAAGCAUCCAUUCUUUGGCGAUCAGCCUUCUUUAUGGUCCAGCUCUCACUUCCAUGCAUCACUACUGGGAAAACCAGAGCUUUAACUAUACGGACCUUUGUCGGCAAGGUGAUGUCUCUGCUUUUUAAGAUGCUGUCUAGGUUUGUCAUUGCUUUUCUCCCAAGAAGCAGGCGUCUUUUAAUUUUGUGACUGCUGUCACCAUCUGCAGUGAUCAUGGAGCCCAAGAAAGUAAAAUCUCUCACUGCCUCCAUUUCUUCCCCUUCUGUUUGCCAAGAGGUGAUGGGCCCAGUGUGCCACUGUCAGAUCAAGCUUGUAUUGCUAGCUUUCUUUGCAAGCCUCUGCUUUCCAUCUCUUCCCCCACCGACAGAUGGAUGGAUAACUUGCUCACCCUGGUCUAAGGGGUCAGGCCGCUGCUGGCUGCCUCCGUGACAGAUCGCGUGCACUCUCUGAGAAGUCGGCGCAUCGCAGCUGACAGCUCCACACCCUGGGAUUUGCCCCCGUUUAUUUACAUUUGCAAAAAGACUUUUUAUUGCAGUUCUGCGCAGAGGAGGAAGUUGCCGCAAAAUCAUAGUCUCUCUCCCUCUGCCCUGUGAUGCAACAUACCGUAUAUUUCGCUCUAUAAGAUGCACCAGACCACAAGACACGCCUAGUUUUUGGAGGAGGAAAACAAGGGAAAAAAAUAUUCUGAAUCUCAGAAGCCAGAACAGCAAGAGGAAUCGCUGCGCAGUGAAAGCAGCAAUCCCUCUUGCUGUUCUGGCUUCUGGGAUAGCUGCGCAGCCUGCAUUCGCUCCGUAAGACGCACACACAUUUCCCCUUACUUUUUAGGAGGGGAAAAGUGAGUCUUAUAGAGCAAAAAAUACGGUAAUUUCAGAGAAUCCCGGCAACUGGGGAAAAACAGACUCUGAAGCAAAGAGUGGACACAAAAGGCUCCUUAGAAUUACAGUGCUUCCUUGGUUCUCAAAUGCCUUGGUUCUCAAACAACUUGGAACCCAAACACUGCAAACCCGGAAGGAAGCGUUCCGGUUUGUGAACUUUUUUCAGAAGUCGAACGUGCUCCGUUUUGAGUACCACACAUCUGUUUUGAGAGAGAUAAAACUUUAUUCGCAUUAGCCAAUGUCCAUAGCAACAAUAAAACAUUACAGUAUUCGCAGAAAAGGAAAUUUGCUAUAAAAGCACAAUUUAAAGUCCUGAAUCAGCAGUCCUUAUUCUGAUCGCCCCUGCUAUGAACCUAGCAACCUUUGCUGUUAUCUGCUCAUUCUGAUCUGAUAGAAGGAAAGGCCAUUGUGGCAGUGGCUGAGCGCCCUGGGAUGGAUAGUACGAGUGGGGUGAUGAUCUCGUUCCUCGGGGUUUUUUAUUAGAGAGUGCAAGACCGGAGGACGUGUGCCGCUGUUUCGGUCCUACCGUCUCCACAGGGGCAAAGGCGUUUCUCAGGCGGGAUCUUUUGGAAUCGACCCCCAAGUACCGCAGAUGCCGAAACAGCCACGAUUUUGUUUUUCAUGGUUUUUACUGAUAAUUUUAUCGCUUUGUCCUUUUGGCAAACCGCAUUGACUUUGAAGUUCAGUGGUCCCUUGGUUCUCAAACGCCUUGGUACUCAAACAACUUGGAACCCAAACAGUGCAAGCCCGGAAGUAAGUGUUCCGGUUUGCGAACUUUUUUCGGAAGCCAAAACCUCACCUGGAGUACUGUGUCCAGUUCUGGGCACCACAGUUCAAGAAGGACACUGACAAACUGGAACGUGUCCAGAGGAGGGCAACCAAAAUGGUCAAAGGCCUGGAAACGAUGCCUUAUGAGGAACGGCUAAGGGAGCUGGGCAUGUUUAGCCUGGAGAAGAGGAGGCUAAGGGGUGAUAUGAUAGCCUCAAAGGAUCAAAGGAUGUCACAUAGAGGAGGGAGAAAGGUUGUUUUCUGCUGCUCCAGAGAAGCGGACACGGAGCAAUGGCUCCAAACUACAAGAAAGAAGAUUCCACCUAAACAUUAGGAAGAACUUCCUGACAGUAAGAGCUGUUCGACAGUGGAAUUUGCUGCCAAGGAGUGUGGUGGAGUCUCCUUCUUUGGAGGUCUUUAAGCAGAGGCUUGACAACCAUAUGUCAGGAGUGCUCUGAUGGUGUUUCCUGCUUGGCAGGGGUUGGACCUCGAUGGCCCUUGUGGUCUCUUCCAACUCUUCUAUGAUUCUAUGAUUCUAUGUGCUCCUUUUUGAGUGUUACGCUUCCGAUGUGAGUGUUACGCUGAGAUCUGUCUGUUUUUGCUAUUUAUUUUGCGUUGUUCUUGCGGCUCUUUUGUGUUUGUGACUGUGGAACCCAGUUCAGCUACUGAUUGAUUGAUUGAUUGAUUGAUUGUGUGACUGCAGUACAUUCAGGGGUCAGCAAAAAACAAAGUGAAUAUUUCAGAGAAAUUUGCAGGGAAACGCUGGUGUUUUGUCCUUUAAAUUACAAACCUUUCUGAUGGACCAGGUUAGCGCCUGAAUGAAACUCCUUCCUUGCAUUGUAUUUAAAGUUUUACUGUUCUUGCCACUUUCAAAUCUGUUUCCUUCAAUCACAUUUGUGGUAUUUAUGAUUCUGAGUUGCCACAAGACAGCCUAUUAUUGGUAACAGCUAUUGAUUUUCUUACAAAUUAAGUGAAGGUUUGUCCGUGUGUGGCAAGUAGUAAUACAUAAAUACUUCAUGCUCUGAAUCUGCUUCAACCGUAUGUGAGUAAGGGUGUGUAAGAAUAAUUUCCGUGCAAUAUUCCUUGCUGGGUUUUAUUGUGUUGCAAUAUUGUCUGUCUUAGUGGUUUCUGCAAACUGUUACUCUGAAUAAUACUUUUUUUAUCGGGCAUGGAAAGGGGAAUUGCGGGUGAGUUUAUGGAACCAAGAGGGCGGUGGCCAAAAAAAGGUUUGGGAAUAAUAGUUCAUAAAAUUAUGCCUUGCAUGGAGAAAGUAGAUACAGAAAAGUUUAUCUCUCUCCCUCAUAGCAUGAGAACUUGGGGACAUGCAAUGAAGGCUGAACGUUGCCAGAUUCAGGACAAUGAAAGUCCCCUCUGCUCAUAGCUAGACUGUGGAACUCCCCCCCACAGGAGGCAGUGAUAAUUGCUGACUUGUUUAGUCGUUUAGUGGUGUCCGCCUCUUUGUGACCCCCUGGACCAGAGCACGCCAGGCACUCCUGUCUUCCACUGCCUCCUGCAGUUUGGUCAAACUCAUGUCCGGUGGCUUCGAGAACACUGUCCCACCAUCUCGUCCUCUGUCGUCCCCUGCUCCUUGUGCCCUCCAUCUGUCCCAACAUCAGGGUCUUUUCCAGGGAGUCUUCUCUUCUCAGGAGGUGGCCAAAGUCUUGGAGCCUCAGUUUCAGGAUCUGUCCUUCCAGUGAGCACUCAGGGCUGAUUUCCUUCCAAAUGGAUCGGUUGGAUCUUCUUGCAGUCCAUGGGACUCUCAAGAGUCUCCUCCAGCACCAAUUUCUGACAUAGAUGCCUUUAAACAUAGGGCCUUCUCGGUGGUGGCGCCCGCUCUGUGGAACACCCUCCCACCAGAUGUCAACGGGAACAACAACUACCAGACUUUUAGAAGACAUCUGAAGGCAGCCCUCUUUAGGGAAGCUUUUAAUGUUUGAUGGAUUAGUGUAUUUUAAUAUUUUGUUGGAAGCUGCCCAGAGUGGCUGUGGAAACCCAGCCAGAUGGGCAGGGUAUAAAUCAUAAAUUAUUGUUGUUGUUGUUAUUUAUUAUUAUUAAAAGAGGAUGAGGCUAAUUCAUGGACAAGAGGGCUAUCGAUGGCUCCUAGCCACAGUGGCUUGGCUCUGCCUCCACGUUCAGAGACAGUCAUUCUUCUGAAAAUCACAGGAGGAGAGAGGGGUCUUGGGUUCAGGUCCUGCUCAACUGGGCCAUCCGGUUGGCCACUGUGAGUGCAGGAUGCUGGAUGAGACUUGUUAACCUUUAAGCAAAAGGCCCCAAAAAAAGUUGGGCCCCUGGCCUGAUCCUGCAGAUCUCUUUUUUAAAAGUUUUUACGAGCCGCUGCUCUAGACAAAACACAUCUCCUUUUUCUGUUUCUUGGCAGAGUUCAUGCCAGCGAUGGAAUCCCAGGUGGAUGUAAUGAGAACCCCUGUGCCCUUCAAAGACCCGGGAAGGUCUGCCAACAUCUCAGAAGAGCAGGAGGAUAAUCCUGAGCUGCCGUUGGAUGGUACGUGCCGGGCGAUGGUGUUGAUAGCACAAGCUGUGAAAAAACACAUUGCCUUGAGAAGGAAGAGCAAUUCGAUUUAGAAGCUAGACUGCUGGGUUUUAUUUAACUCCCUAAAGCGGUAUACGGAAAUAGCAUUAAAAAGAACGAGGCAGCGUUGCAGAAACAGGAAUGAUGAAAGAGCUUGGCCCAAACUUUGUGGAUCGGGGGGAAAGUCUAGGUCAGUGGUUCCCAAAUUCAUGGCGGACGGGGCUCUGGGGGGCUAUACUCUGGCUCAGUGGCAUAGCAUGGUUUGCCAGUGCCCGGGACACAAAUAAUAAUAAUAAAUUUUAUUUAUAUCCCGCCCUCCCCAGCUGAAGCCGGGCCAUGGCGGCUAACAACAAUAAAAUAAUGCAACAUUCUGAAAUCAUUUCAUUAUAAAGUUAAUUCAAAUCAAAUUGAUGGCAACCAUUGGGCUAGAGUUCUGUGAGGACUGCAGAUAGGAGGAGGUCAGGCUGUGCCUUGGCCAAAGGCCUGGUGGAACAGCUCUGUCUUGCAGGCUCUGCAGAAAGAUGUCAAGUCCCGCAGGGCCCUAGUCUUUUGUGACAGAGCGUUCCACCAGAUUGGGGCCACAGCCGAAAAAGCCCUGGCUCUGGUUGAGGCCAGCCUAACCUCCCUGUGGCCCGGGACCUCCAAGGUGUUAUUAUUUGCAGACCGUAAGGUCCUCUAUGGGACAUACCAGGAGAGGCGGUCCCGUAGGUACGAGGGUCCUAGGCUGUAUAGGGCUUUAAAGGUCAAAACCAGCACCUUAAACCUGAUCCUGUACUCCACAGGGAGCCAGUGCAGCUGGUAUAGCACCGGGUGAAUGUGAUCCUGCGGCGAGGACCCCGUAAGGAGUCACGCCGCGGCAUUCUGCACCCGCUGGAGUUUCUGGGUCAGUCUCAAGGGCAGCCCCACGUAGAGUGAGUUACAAUAAUCCAGUCUGGAGGUGACCGUCGCGUGGAUCACAGUGGCGAGAUCAGGGCGAGAGAGGUGAGGAGCCACCUGCUUAGCUUGGCGGAGAUGGAAAAAUUCCGCCUUUGUUGUAGCUGCAAUCUGGGCCUCCAAAGGGGAAUGGAGCCAGUGGCAACCCGCAAAAGUGACCCCCACAAGCGGGGCUGCCUGCCCACACAUGUGGGGAGCCCAGCUGGCUGAUUUGGAGGGUGAAUCCCCCCCAAAACCUGUGGAGAGGAGCACUGGGCUGGGCUACGCUAGGUCACCCAUUCACCAUCCAGGGAGCAUGCAGAGUGAGCGAGUGCCGGCCGGGCAGCCAUGCAACGAGGGGGCCAGGGAUGUGGCGGUGAGGCCAGGUAAGUCUCCUGGGUCCACAGACCCCUUUUGGCAGGACGGAGCCUGCCAAGAUUCGCCUGUUGGGAUGGGGAUCGCUGUCUGCUUGGCACCCCUCAGAAUUCUGCUCGGCACCCCUCAGAAUUCUGCUCCGGGCCAUGCCCAACCCCUCCCCAAAUGCUGUUCCUCCACAGUUGGAGGCAGCAAAAUAUCCAAAGACCGGUUAUUGGAAACAACCGUUUUGAACAGCUGGCCCGACAAACCAACCUUAGCUGUUCAAACCUGGGCGGAUAUGGGGGACUCCCUGGUCCUGAAUGGGGUAACUGUGCCCCUGAAGGACCAGGUGCGCAGCCUGGGAGUCAUUCUGGACUCACCGCUGUCCAUGGAGGCGCAGGUCAGCUCUGUGUCCAGGGCGGCUGUUCACCAGCUCCAUCUGGUACGCAGGAUGAGACCCUCCCUGCCCACAGACUGUCUCACCAGAGUGGCGCAUGCUCUGGUUAUCUCCCGCUUGGACUACUGCCAUGCGCUCUACGUGGGGCUACCUUGGAAGGUGACCCGGAAACUACAACUAAUCCAGAAUGUGGCAGCUAGACUGGGGACUGGGAGACCACAUAAUACUGGUCCUGGAAGACCUCCACUGACUCCCAGGACGUUUCCGAGCACAAUUCAAAGUGUUGGUGCUGACCUUGAAAGCCCUAAACGGCCUCAAAGGCCCAGUAGACCUGAAGGAGCAUCUCCAUCCCCAUCAUUCAGCCCGGACACUGAGGUCCAGCUCCGAGGGCCUUCUGGCGGUUCUCUCCCUGCGAGAAGUGAGGUUACCGGGAACCAGGCACAGGGCCUUCUUGGUGGUGGCGCCCGCCCUGUGGGAACACCCUCCCUUCAGAUGUCAAGGAAAUAAACAACUAUCUGACUUUUAGAAGACAUCUGAAGGCAGCCCUGUUUAGGGAAGCUUUUAAUGUUUAAUAGACUAUUGUAUUUUAAUAUUCUGUUGGAAGCCGCCCAGAGUGGCUGGGGUAACCCAGCCAGAUAGACGUGGUAUAAAUAAUAAAUUAUUAUUAUUAUUAUUAUUAUUAUUAUUAUUCAUGAUACUUGGCCAACUUUCCUUGAGCAGAUCCAGGGUGGCAGCCAAUGCUUUCUAAUUCUUUGCAGUGUACCUGAGGAGAGGCCCCAUCUUCAUCAGUGAGGCGGAAGAGGGAUCUGGGUUUCCGGACUUAAUAGAAGCGGCAAGGCCAGGUACGGACUUUCCCCAGAAUUGCCUUUAUUGAUACGUGCUUGUAUGUAGCGUUUGAGAGCAGGAGAAGGUCGUGCCUAUCUCCUGGGUGGCAAGAUGCAAAAGCUCUGCUCCACUUGAUCGAGUUCUGCAGAGCGUAGGAUUGUAGGUUUGGGAGGGACCCAGAGGUCAUCCAGUCCAACCCGCUGCGAUGCAGGAAUCUCAGCUAAAGCAUCCAUGACUGAUGGCUAUCCAGCCUCUGCUUAAAAACCUCCAAGGAAGGAGAGACCAUCACCUCCCAAGGGAGCCAGUUCCACUGUUGAACAACUCUUAAUUCUCUGCUCUUUUCAACUGGAUGGGGUGUUACAUUCCAAAGGCAGGGGAGAGAUUCCCAGUUAUCAAGGAACACUCAGGUGGGUUGGAGAACCAAAGUAUCCCUGGCCAUCCAAGCUCUGCUUAAAGUAAGGUUACCAGAUUUUUUUCCAAAGAAUCCGGGGACACUUUUUUUUAAUAAGAGAAAAAAGUAAUUAAAAAAAAGUUACUUAAACAAGAAGGGACGUGGGUGGUGCUGUGGGUUAAACCACAGAGCCUAGGACUUGCUGAUCAGAAGGUUGCUGGUUCGAAUCCCCGCAAUGACGGGGUGAGCUCCCGUUGCUCGGUCCCUGCUCCUGCCAACCUAGCAGUUCGAAAGCACGUCCAAGUGCAAGUAGAUAAAUAGGUACCGCUCCGGCGGGAAGGUAAACGGCGUUUCCGUGCGCUGCUCUGGUUCGCCAGAAGCGUCUUAGUCCUGAUGGCCACAUGACCCGGAAGCUGUACGCCGGCUCCCUCGGCCAGUAAAGCGAGAUGAGCGCCACAACCCCAGAGUCGGCCACGACUGGACCUAAUGGUCAGGGGUCCCUUCACCUUUACUUUACUUAAACAAGAAGUAAUAUCUUCCCUUCUGUGGUCUUCUCUGUCACGCGGCCUUCCUCUGGGCCCCGAUCUGCCCUCUUGGAGCACUAACCACCGUGGAGUAGGCUCGGAUCAGGCCUGGGCUCGGCCAUUGUCCUUGCCCUCCCGGUGCCCUCCUAUCUCAACAGUUGCGAUGGCAAUGGCAUGGGAAGUUCGAGGCUCCCCUCUUUCUUCUCCUUCCUCUUUCUCUCUCUUCCUUCUCCUCCUCUCCUCCUUCUCCCUGCAUCGGCUCUGGGUUUUUCCUGGCCCCAGAGCGCCACUGGGCAGUUGGCUGGGUGGCCGGGCGCUCUCGCUCCCAGCUCAAUUUGGGUGGUCAGCGAUUCCCCCAGUUGACACUCCAUGCGUCCCCAGUUUCCCCUUGGCAGCGGCCGUCUCAGCAGCCCAGAGGCAGCCUGGUAGCGCAGUUGGCUCUGGCUGGCGUCAGGAGCUGCUCACCGCUGUGGCGCCCGCCAUUUUGCCUUGCCGGAAGUCCCCAUAUGAUGUGUCUUGUGCCGUAGACCAAUCACGCAACAUUCAUUACCUCUGGAUCUGGGUUCGAGUUCUACCCCAGAGCUCUCUUUGUGCCUAAAGAUGGCACAGCUCCUUGAACUGACCUGCCCCUUUCUCCCCUCAGAGGCGAGGAAAGCGCUGGAACUGAAGGCUGAAGUUGUCACCAUGACCCUCGAAGGUGCCAUCUCCAGGGCGGAGAACCAUACCACUUCCAGGACUGGGGAACUCACUACCACUGCAUCGACAGCUGCUCCCAAAACAGGUGAGGCAAGGGGCUUGAGUCUGGACCUUGUAGUUUCAGAGCUUGGGAUAUUCUUCUUCUCUGGCAAUCACUCGUACCCGAGUAAGAUGGUCUUCCAUAAACAAGGUUUAAACAGUGAGUCUGUAAGUGACUGUGGAGGCCAGUUCUAGAUUCACACAUCCUUCCACAGUGGGGACAUUGGUUUCCGGGCAGGAGUUGAUCACGGUGUGGAUUUGCCAAGUGUGCCUUCCUCGUAGCACGUUUCUCCCUUGCGUCCUGAGUUCGAGUGUCUUCAAAGCCCUCAACGCCUUUGGUAAAGGCUGUUCUCCAACUGGAGCGCUCGCAGGCCAGUGUUUUUAUACUACAUUUUAGAUUUGCCUUCAGACCGUCUUUAAAUCUCUUUUGUUGACCACCAGCAUUACGCUUUCCAUUUCUAAGUUCAGAAAAGAGUAGUUGUUUUGAGAGACGAUAAUCUGGCAUCCGCACAACAUGACCAGUCCAGCGAAGUUGAUGUUGAAGAAUCACUGCUUUGACAUUGGGGAUCUUUGCUUUUGUCCAGCAGUAAAGUUGACCCCUGACCAUUAGGUCCAGUGGUGGCCGACUCUGGGGUUGCGGUGCUCAUCUCGCUUUAUUGGCCGAGGGAGCCGGCAUACAGCUUCCGGGUCAUGUGGCCAGCAUGACUAAGCCGCUUCUAGCGAACCAGAGCAGCGCACAGAAACGUCGUUUACCUUCCCGCUGGAGGGGUACCUAUUCAUCUACUUGCACUGGCAUGCUUUCAAACUGCUAGGUUGGCAGGAGCAGAGACCAAGCAACGGAAGCUCACCCCGUCGCGGGGAUUCGAACCGCCGACCUUUUGAUCAGCAAGUCCUAGGCUCUGGGGUUUAACCCACAGCGCCACCCGCGUCCCCAGUAGCAUUAGUUCGCCUGUCUUCCCAAGUGAACUUUGGGGUGUGCCUCACCUGGCAGCCCCAUCUACUAGUAGCGGCUAGUCUCAUAAACUGAUGUGUUAACGCUGUGGCACAGCUUCUGUCUCCAACGCGCCUCAUUCCUUGCCCCCUCUCUCGCUCCAGGGUGGAUGCCCGAUUUCCAGUUCUGUGCCAUGGUGGUGCUGAUCGUAGAAGCCACCGGUCUGCUCAUCCUCUUGGCCAUUCGCCUGUCCCCCAGACACUACGGCCGUCCAUGUGUUUCAGAGCACAACGACAUCCAACGUUUUUAA